AUGUCGUGGAUGAAUCGGGCUCAAAGCGGCGCGCCCCAGGCGCCGCGGCCGGGGCCCGAUCAGACACCGUAUAAUACCAAUCAGGCAUAUGGUGCUCAGCCAAAUAUAUACCAAAACUUUCAAUCUGGACAAAAUACACAACAACAGAGUAUGUACCCAGUGCAGCAUGAACAACAACAACCACCACAAUUUGAUCAGCAAUAUGGACAAGUUUAUUCACAGUCUAGCUAUGGCAACAAUUCUAAUGAGUUAUAUCAACAACCACCUCAAUUUAAUCAAAACUACCCUAACCAAAAUUAUGACAAUGUGCAACAGGGAUAUCAGCCAAACUUUUACCAAAAUACUUCAACUCAACAACAGGUAUUCAAUCAAAAUGUACCUAACAAUGAUACAUGGGAAGACAACUGGGGUUGGGGAUGGGAUGAUGCAUCAAAACAAAGUCAAAAGAAUGUUAGUCAAGUACCUGUACAAGUCACUCAGGAACCAGUGUACAAUCAAAAUGCUAAUAUUAUUGAAGAAAGUUUUUCUUCCAAUGACAACUGGAAUUGGAGCAUGGAAAACAAACCAAAAGAACCUUCCUUAAAAUGUGAAGAAAAAUUUAAUACACCUGAUAAAAACCAAAUUAAUGCGAAUGCGCUUCCUUAUAGCCAGGGAAAUGUUAACACUACUACUUCCUUAAAUUCUGAACAAGUAAAAACUUUAAAUGAUAGGGAUGUUGUUAAGGAACAAAUGCCUAACUUGAUGAUGGGUAAGCGAUUCAAUCUGGAAAACCUAACACCCCAAUGGUCUAUUGAGUCUCAAAUGUCUCAAGAUUCUAGUGAUGGUCCUUUAACACACUCGGAAGGAACUCACAGUACACAUAGAAGUGAAAAUCAGUCCAGAAAUUCUAACAAAAGCAGCCCAGGGCCAAAUAUUGACUCCACAACUUUUAAUUUUUCACAGACUGUUCAUGAAAUGUCUGAUCAAGUAAAUGAACUUACAAAGUCUAUAGAAGACUCGGUUUCCGAGAGUCAUAAUAUGCAUAAUGCUAAUUUAUUAGACAAUUCUAAUGAAUUAUCACAAUCUAUGAGUCAAAUGCAUAUAAAUAAAAUAGAGCAAUCUGAAAAUGUAAAUAAAGAAGGACCUAUAACUGAACACUUAGAAAACACAGUGACAGUAACCAAUACAUAUGCUUCAAAUGUGAACCAGAGACCAUCACCGCUUCCAUCUCCAGCAACAAAUCUCCAACAGACUCCUUUGCAAUCUAUCUCAAGCUUGCACUCUAGACAUUCACCAAUGCCUCCUGCUCCCCCUGUCACUGGGUCCAGUCAACAAAAUUUGAAUUUGCCUCCUCGAAAUUCUACAAAUACUAUAGCAGUUACUAAUAAUGUGGUGCCUACUCAAACAUCUCAUCCAGCAACAGGUUGUUUGCCACCACCACCAAACUUUUCAUCAUCUUCAACUAAUCCUUUCAAGCAUGCUGGACCAUUUUCACACAAGACAAUUGGAGUGACACAACAUAAUUCUUAUCCAAUGCCACAAGCAAUAUCUUCUGCUUCUAAUUUGGUAUCACCUGCAGCCGUAAGUAAAUUAGUACAGGGCAGAAUGCCAGAUGGUUUUGGAGCGAACUUAGAAACCACACCAGACAACUCAGAAAGACCUGACCAAUUACCUCCCUCAACAUAUAGAUCAUCUAUCACACAAAAUAUGCCUGACAAUUUAGAGGUGGCACCACAGAAUGAUAGAAAUGAAUAUUUACAAACGGCUCAUUUAUCUGGAAAUGAUUUUGGAGAAAACACUGACUUCAGUCGACCCCCACCUUCUGGAUCUCGAAGAAUGGGGGUAGGUCAACAAGAUUUAGAAUAUAAUCAAGACUUGAACAUCUCAGGUGAAGAACCACCUCCUGGUCUUGCACGUAUGGUCCCUGGCCAGCAAACAGAGUCAGAUAAUACUUAUAAUCAGGCUAGUGAGGUUUAUAUGGAUAGGCACAUAGAUGGUCAACCCACAGAUAGCAUAAAUAGGCCGUAUCGAAGGGCUGAUGGACAACAGACUCCAGAUGAAUAUGUACAAACUUCACAGAAUAGAGGAAGUGACAGAAGACUAGUUGGUUUGGAUAGAAUGGUGCCUGGAGAGCCAAGUAAUGAUGACUAUUCACAAUUUCAGAACACUAACUAUAGCGGAACUAAUGAACAACGUGUUGUCACCGGUGUUGACAAUAGCUUCCCAAUAACAACUGAAGUUGGUUUAUCAGAAGUUCGCGAACAGAAUGUGGAUGGCUCAGACUACACUGAGCAGAAUUUGACUAGUACUUCUCGUAAUGUAAUAGGUGCCCGCGAAACAAGCAAUGUUACCACGCCCGAGUUUAAUCUAACUGUGGAGGAUCAGCAGAGGGAAAUAACUAUGGAAGGAGAAAACUUACAAGAUCUUAGUAUGGUGUCCUCUGCUGAUUUAUCAUUCCGAGAGCAUACCUUUGAAACUACUAAUAUUAAUAUUGGCUCUAACAUGGAAAGUAAUGAUGCUGGCCUUGAAUAUAUAGGUAAUAAUUCCCGGAAACAAUCCCUUAAUCGGUCUUCUGGUGACUCUGGUGAAUCUGAAGGCGACAGAGGCUACAAAGCUUCCCCGCGAAAAGAUCGUGAAAAGCACAAACCAUCAAGAGAUCGUGACAAAGAUUUAAAGUACCCAAGAGAUGAUCGAAAAUACGAACGAGACUCCGAACGACGGCCUCAUCCCGAAGACAGACGCUCAGAAAGGGAACGAAGAGACAAGGAAAAGGAUAAAGAACGAGCAAGGAGGGACAGAGACGAUAGCCCUGAGUCCCGUAGGCACCGUCGUAGCGUUCGUAGCCGACGUUACGAGACAGAAGAUACUGACUAUUAUAGUGACAAGGAGAGAGAUCGCAGGCGCUACCGUGAAGGUUCAUAUUCAUCAAAACUGCCUCGUCCUGAAGAAAAGGAUAGGCGAUAUGACGAUCGACGACGCCACAAUACAAUAGAGCGAGAGCGGCGACACGACGACGAGCGCGAAAGACGGCGGCCAAAGGAUCGCUACGAACGACGCUAUAGGGAAAUUGACCCUACACGCCGCCACCCGCGACGCCCAGAUGAAGAUAGAAGACGAGUUGUGACAUUUUCGAGCGAUGCUAAAUCGGAGUCAAGUAAAGGAGGAGAUACGUACUCGUCAGGUUCUCGUGCCGGGUCACGUGAAGCCACUGCAACAGAUGAAGAUCCAGACGAGCCCAGGAGAAGGCCUCGCGAUGAGAGAAGGCGGCAUAGGACCAGACCGGAUCCACCAUAUGACGAGUACGCGAUGAGUGGUUACGGCGGUGAUGCGUACGCUGCGCAGUAUGAAUACUACGAACGCUUGCGACGCACUGACCCCGCCGCUUACAUGCGAUUGUAUCAUCAGAUUAUGGCUGGACAUCUUCAACAACAUCGCUAUCCUGGUUAUGAGUUGCGAGGAGAAGAGCGUGGUAGCGUGCACUCGGGCCGGUCCAGUGCGAACGGACUGAAGGGACCCGACGCGUACUACGGGGGGCUGCUGCAAGCGCCGCCAACAUUCCGCACUGAUGUGUCCGACAGAGAGGUGACCACAGACGCGUCCCUUAAUCUGCAACUGGAAGACUCCACGGUGCGCUCCGAACGAAUGACGCCCUUUAAAUACUCCACAGCACAUAUCAAGGGGACCCUAUCCGCUGGGACUCUCGUGGUGGUACGUGCGGCAUGGCCGGCAGAUGGGCGACCAGCACCGGUGCGACUAUUACCACUCACAGCUUUACUGGCAGCUGACCCCAUGGCCCAGGAAUUAGCUGCACUGCCCGGACCACUCGUUAGAGUACUACUUAAACUUUUUAUUUACGUUUGUUUCAGGGGUGUGACUCACAAGAAGACCGUGAUAGAGUAUUGCAUGACCCGGGUACGAGAUGCCCCUCGGUGUGAGGCGGCGCGUCGUGACGUCACAGGGUACACACUUGUUUGGGAACUGCUCGCUCUACUACUGAGACAGAAUGGGGUGGUGAUGGGAUCGGACGUAGCAGAGCUGUUGAUGAAUAACGCUAAAGAAUAUGAGUACCGAGUGCCCUCACUUACACCACCCUCAGAACGCGUCGCGUCUUCGGCAAGCCUUAACUGUGAAGAAGAAGCGGCUGAUGUUCAAAUUACACCACCUCUGCCAACCCCAGCAGAACCAGAGGUGAUGGUGGACGAAAAAGAGGCAACAGAAAAGCUUAGAGAGCUACUCAUGUAUGGCAGUCAGCAGGAAGCACUUGAAUGGGCGAUGAAUAAGGGGCUAUGGGCACACGCCCUCACCUUAGCAGCAGGAUGCGAACGCCGAACACGUGGUGCCGUAUCUGCGCGAUUCGUGGGAGCUCUGUCCGCCACCGACCCCCUGCAUACGCUUUACGCUGCAAGGGCACAGCGUACGCCACCUGCUGCCACCUGCGUGGGUGACGUUCGAUGGGGUGACUGGCGGCCUCACGUAGCCAUUUUGUUGGCUAAUCCCUCAACUAAGCAGGAACAAGACCAAAGGACCGUCACCCAGUUUGGCGAUUCGCUAGCGGCCCGUGGACUUUUAUACUCAGCUCAGUUCUGCUACUUAACCGCGGGGAUGCCUUUCGCGCCUCACCCAUUGGCGCCUUAUGCGACGCCCACACCUGCCACGCCCAUUGCGCCACGCCUCUCGCUGCUAUUGGCUGAUGGAAAAGCCAACAACCUGUCACACUUCGCUACUAACCAGGCGAUAUUCGCAACUGAAAUUUACGAGUACGCAGUGUCGCUCAGUCAGGAUUAUAUCAUUGAUAAUUUGCAGGUAUACAAGUUUCUCUUAGCCACCCGGCUAGCAGAGUGUGGGUUUGUGGAACGAGCCCUAAGGUAUACGGAGGCAGUCGGUCGAGCUGCCCUCGCGAGACCACAAUCCCAGCCGCCGGCACUUCUUACUGCUGUUACACACCUUGCAGACAGACUAAAGUAUCACGACCCAGCCGAAGCAGCUGGCGAAGAUGUGGCUGAUACUGGGGAAGGAAGUGGUGAAGGUAGCGGGGAGCCUUCCCCUCGACAUACCCACUGGAUACAGGACGUUAGGGAUAUGGCGCACGCUGCUGUCAUCGCUUCGGCGGAAGCAUCUCAACAAAACACGCCGCAGCAUCAGCCGAUAGCAGACCCUUAUUCGCAACAGACCUGGGCUGAUCAGACAAUCCAACCUCAGAAUUACCCUGAAGUUCAGCAACAGGAUCCACAACCAGACUAUCCGCCUCCUGCCCAGUAUUAUCAGCCUCCCACUACCACUGCCACUUCCGCUCCUGCUCCCGCGCCCACUGAAAAUGAGCACGCGUAUACGGCCACAGAUGAUUUUAUGUACGGCGGCAACGAAACAGAUUAUACUUAUGGCGGCGAAUGGACAAGAGAUGAUCCCUAUUGGCAGGGUGAUUCUCAGUACCAAUAUGGAGAGCGCCCGCGUGGGCUGCGGCGGCGAGGUCCCGUGCCCGUGCCAAGGCCCCCGCGCCCCACUGCGCCGUGCCCCGCGCCCCGCCGGGUCCUUCGCCCUGCCCUCAGCGCCGGCCACUCGCCGCUCUUCAAGCCCCUGGUGUUCGGCGGGACCUACCCCAUCGACGAGCCCUGCGAUCGCGUCUCGUCCUCGGACGACGAGCAAGGAAUAGGUUUGCCCGACACGGUGAGGAUAUUCGAGUCGAUGCUCGCCCGCCGCGCCAAUAUGUAUCGCCGGGGGUACAGAGGUGGCCGAACGCCCCAAACGUUCGAAAUCGAUGAGCCCCUAGACCUUGCGGACACGCCCCGCGAAGCCUUCUUCCGUGAACGAGACGCGAAGUACUACGUCGCCGGACCGAAGACCUUCGACAUUGACGAACCCUUUAUACUUGAAUGA